AUAAUGAAAGUCGUCUUUAAACUGCAGUUCCUCUGAUAUUUAGCUGCGUACAAUAUUUUGUUGUACAACAACUGUGCUGUCAGCAAAACGCUACUGGAAAAUGGAAUACACAACAACAGCACUUGAUGGGAGAAGGAAAAGUAUGAACAAUUAAAUUCCUGAGCACAUUUAACAAAUAUCUGCAACUAACACAAAAUCAUACAGCAACUGAGCGCAAAUCUCAAUGAGGGUGGAAAGCGGUUGCAUUGACAGGAGAGCAUACGAAACAGCACUGUGCACACAACUACAACGAACCGCGCAAGUACCAUCGCUUUUGCCACCCCCGAAAAGAGUUCAGCCUCCUCGCAGCCUAACACCUUAAAGCGCUUUCGCUCGCGCAUCUCACCUUUGCAGAGCGGAAGCGAAGACGAAAGUUUUAAAAUUUUGCAGAUUCGAAAUGCCUCGAAUUCGCGCACAGGAGCUUCGCAUUCGGUCUGUUCAGAAAGAGCAAGUCCUUUGUGGCAAAUGGCUGUGUUCUCUGUUUUGUUCAAAUAUACAACAUAAAUCUACAGGCAAAUAUUUAGCAAUCGCACAAAAAUUCUAAUUUUUUUUCACAAUUUAAAUUUACGCUUUCCACUGCAUUAACGCGACAAAAAAUAUUUAACAAUUUUAUUGUGUUUACGCCAAAAUCACAUGUGUGUUAAGUGCAAGAAUAAUAAUAAUCGACAAAUAAAAUAUUGAAAACAAAACAUUUCUUGUUAAAGCAUAAAAGCAAAAGUCUUUCAUAUAUUAUAUACCCGCAUAUAUACACCCAUAUAUUUUUUGUUUGCGUGUUGCAUGUGGUCGAAGGUGUGUGUUGUUAAAGUGGCAAAGACGCAAUACAGACGCUUUAAUGCAAGCUAAUAUUUAUUGAUAUUUUGCACGAAAUUGUGUGUAAUUGUUAAGGGACUUCUUGACCAACAAACAGCAGGGAAUAAGUGCAACAACAUAUCGUAUUUUUCGAAAAUAAAGUGAUCCAGCAAAUUAAGCGAACUUUGCAUAUUAAAAGGUGAUAUUUAAUGCUGUAGAGAAUUUUAGAUCGUCAGCUUCUAUCUACAAGGAAAUUUACAUUAACGUAUUUUACAAAACAAAAAAUUUACAAACAAGUAGUUGAAUCCAGAAAACGACCCCACCAAAAUUUUUGUAGCAACAAAUUAAAAAUACAAACAUUUCAAAUAAUAUUUUACGAUAAAGAAACACAUGUAGAAAGACUCUAGAUACCUUUAGCUGUGCCAUACAAUAUCCCCAACAAAUAUCAGCAGUAGUACUUUUUACACACAAACUCCUCCCCAAAAGAACGACACUGCGCCAAAACCAUAAACGUAGUACAUACUAGAUUUUCGUUUAGUGCCUCAAACACCGGCCUUAUUAGAAACCACACCACUUUCGGUACUCUUCAAAUUGACAUUUUGCACCCCAACCUCUCUUCAGCAACAACAACACACAGCAAUAAUUCGUGUCUACCGCUUGCGGUGCAUCCGUUGGUCUUGAACCGAGUCGUCGAUUACAACAAAGUAACACACGUACACGAACAUCAUCCAUAUUGUUCGGCUGGCUGACUGCACGCUUGUCGGCAAUUUCCGCAAAUUUUGUCAAAUCCUGUCAAUUUUACUUAAUUUUCUGUCAACCUGAGUGCGAAGGGGAAAAAGCGAAUUUCACCAAUGUUAUGUUGUGGCGUUUGUUGCGGCAAUAUGUCGAAACGAGAUUACAAGGUGGCCACAAUGGAUGGCAUCGAGCUGGAGCCGUUGGGUGGCGAAAAAAUCGACAAGGAAAAGGAAAAGGAUAAAGAAAAGCAAACGAACGGUGUGACUUUCGGUGGCGAAUCGAGUGGUCGACAGACGCGUCAGGGAGUCGCUGUUUGCUCACAGAGGCGCGCGCUACUGGUUGCUGGCAUCGUGUUGGGCUCGCUGCUGCUCACCGCGCUGAUAAUUGCCUACGCUGGACCACAAAAUGAGAACGACACACAGCCAUUCAAUCCGAUUGCGACGAAUGGAGAGCCUUAUCCAUGGCUGGAAGUGGCACUGCCAACGAGUGCGCGUCCACUGCGUUACAUGGUGACAAUACAUCCGAAUCUGACGACGCUGGACGUCAAAGGUCAAGUGACAAUCGAUCUCUUCAUGGAGAAGGAAACAAAUUUCAUAGUGUUGCAUAUACAGGACCUAAACGUCACCGAUAGGGCCAUUGUGACGACGGGCAACAAGGGUUACGCCAUCAAAAUUGUCAAAGUAUUGGAAUAUCCACCGCGACAGCAAUUGUACAUCGAAGUAAAGGAGAAGCUGAAGAAGAAGUCGAAUUACACGCUUAACUUACGCUGGUAUUCGAAAUUAAAUCCGGAGCCGGAAGGUUUUUACGUGGAUCAAUAUGAGAGCUCUAACGGACUGGAGCGUUUGCUGGCAGCCACCGUAUUUCGGCCGAAUAGCGCGCGUCGCGCAUUCCCCUGCUUUGAUGAGCCGCAAAUACGCGCCCCAUUUCGCAUAUCUGUUUUUCGUGAUCGCUUCCACAUUGGUCUUUCCAAUUCCAUUGUGCAUACGACGGAGGAUGUGGGCUUCUACAUGGGCACCGGUUUGCUACGUGACGAUUUCAUCGAGACGCCACCACUACCCGCCGAUGCUGUCGCAUGGGUGGUGAGCGACUUCCAGCGUGAAUCUCUGCAGCCUUCGCCAGCUUAUUUGCCAACAACACCGGCGCCGCCUGGUAGCGCUGGCUCGAAGAAGUCCGCACAGCUCAGCAAUUACCCACAGUUGAAGGAGAAGAAGCCGCCCGUGCGCAAUAUAACCGCGCUCACACAUUCAUUGAAUAUUAAUCUGAUGAAGAAUACCACCACAACGACCGUUACGCCCACUGCCGAAAGCAAUGGCAAGAAUCUUACAUCGCUCAGCCAGUCGACGGGUUCGCUAAUUAAACGUGCGCCAUCGUAUACUUUCUAUGCGCCACGUGAUCUACUGCCACGCUCAUCUUUUAUACUACACACUGCACGUGACGUGUUGGAACAUCUACAAACCUGGUUGGACAUAUUGUAUCCGCUGACGAAAGUCGAUUUUGUGGCGUUACCUUCACUGGAUCGUAACAUUAUCUCUUCGUUGGGCUUGGUUACGCUGAAGACUGCCUUUCUCACCGAUCCCGAGUCCAUAACGACGGAGGAAUAUCAGAAGAGCGCCCUGCAAGUGGCCGAGGCUAUGGUGAGACAGUUCUUUGGUGGCAUUACAUCGAGGAAGGUAUUGAAAGAUGUCUGGUUGUGGGAGGGACUCAUAAAAUAUUUGGGCAUACAUUCGCUUUCGCCGCAACAAACCAACUGGCCGUUGAGAGAAAUGUACCUGCUUAAAAUAGCUACAACGGCUUUGGACAUUGACGCCAUACAAGGCUGGGAUAGCAUUAUGAACGGCACAAAGCAUGAUGGUAAUAAUGAAGAGUUUUUCAUACAAAAGACCGCUGCCAUAUUUUCAAUGUUACACACCGCCAUUGGCGAAGAUCGCUUCCGCGGUUGCCUUGGCGCUUUUCUAAAAAUUAAUCGUUUUAAAACUGCCGAACCCACAGAUCUUUGGACGAUUUGUACAAAGAAAGCCAACGGUUCCAAGAAUAUCAAAGACAUGAUGACUUUGUGGACUCAUCAACCGGGCUUCCCGCUACUGACUGUUACCAAACUGGGCAACAGCGUAUCCAUAUCACAGCGGCCCUUCAAGCCGGCUGACUUCCUUGCCAUACACGAUGAGACUUACGACGGCAACAACUACAAUAAAACGGUGGUGAAUGUCACAGAGACGCCGAGCACUGUGGCACCAACGGCUGCGGGUAAAACCAAGCAACCGACAAAGAUGAAAUGGAUAUUCCCAAUAACCUAUAUAACCGAUACUAAUAAUGUUAGUGAGACUUUAUGGCUACAAAAUAUUGACGUUACUUUCAAUGUGCCAGAGAAUGUUAAGUGGAUCAAGGUUAAUGCAAUGCAAUCUGGUUAUUAUCGCGUCUUGUACAACGAUGACAACUGGGCGAAUUUGAUUGAGGAACUUUCCAACAACCCCGAGAAGUUAUCCAGUGAGGAUCGCAUUGGCUUGCUGUCGGAUUCGUUUACUCUUUGUCACGCGAAUCUGUUGCCCUGUGAGAUCACCAUGAAUAUGAUACAAUAUUUACCUAGUGAAACCAAUUGGGGUCCCAUGACAGUGGCGUUGCGGCACUUGGAGAAGUGGCGUCGUAUAUUGAAGUAUUCAGAAUGUUUCCUGAUGUUAUCGGAAUUUAUUAAAAUGAAAUUGGCUACAGUUAUUGAGAAAAUCGGUUGGACCGAUGAUGGCGAUGAAGCAAAGAGACUAAUGCGACCGGAAGUACUCUUAAGCUCAGUGCUUUGGGAAGAUAUUGACAGCAUAACAAAGGCCAAAAACAUGCUAAACCAAUUUCUGUACUACAACGGCACGGCGAUACCACCUAACCUGAGAGAGGUGGUCUAUACCGGCUCCAUACUGUCCGGUGAAUACAUUUACUGGCAGCAUUGUUGGGAACGCUUCAUCGCGCUCCAGCGUACAUCGGAGAGUUUCGUCGAACGCAUGCAAUUACUGCGUGCGCUCGGCCGUACCAAAGACGCUUGGCUACAAAAUCGCCUACUAUCGCAUGUCACCAUGCUGCCCACCGUUGAAGUGGUGCAAGUAUUACAGGCUAUUGCUGGCACGCCGACAGGUGGUGCGAUGGCGUGUCGCUUUCUGCAAGCCAAAUGGUUUGAAUUGGAAACGCGACUCGGUCACGGUACGCUAAGCUUCGCCAAAGUGAUAUCGGCGAUAACACAAUAUGGCGCGACGAAGUUCGACUACGAUGAGCUGAAAUCGCUGGUGCAUCGCUUUGGACGCGGUCCCGGCAUGGAAGUGCUGAAUAUGACGCUCAGCAGCGUCGCUUCCAAUGUCGAGUGGGUGGCGCGCUCUCAGACAUCGUUGUAUAAAUGGGUGGAGAGCAACUUGCAUUCGCAUUGAUUUUGCACAACAAAAGCAACAACAAUAUUAUUGAUAAUUUUCUUUCUAUUUUUUAGUUUACUUGUAGAGAUUCUCAUCAUACAGCUAAAACUAUGUUCAAAAUCAUUGUAAAAGUCAUACAUACUAACAGUUAUCACAACGUACAUAUAGACAUACAUAUGAAUGUAGCUACACAUGUGCAUACAAACAUACUACUUAUAUAUAGUACAUACAUAUAUGUAUUUAUAUAUAUGUAUAUAACAAGCAGUCAAACACGCAUACAUACAUUUCCUCAUUUGUAAUUAUGUUCCUUAUCUACUACAUAAAUAUUUAUACAUACAUACAUAUUCAUACAAACUUACAUAACAUACAUAGAAUGCGUAAAUCGCGCAGCUCUAGACAUUAUUGGGCCGCUUGUGGCUAGUGGUUGGCGCAAAAACGGUAAUAGGGAGUCUUCUAGGUUUAAUUAUAGGUUAGGAAAAAGGUACUGGAAUAUAAGUUUAUCAUAUCAUCUAAAGGGUAUAGUAGCUAAAUUAUAUUAAGUGUGUGUAGAAAACUUGAAAUUUGUGCAUUUUUUCAAAUUGUUGGUUUCUUAUUCAUUCGUUAUUAAAUAAUUUAAUUACACUAUUAUUUAAAUUUAUUUCAAAUUAUUAAUUUUUUUUUAAUAAUUUCAAACAUGUUAUUGUUUUUUUGUUGAUACAAAAAAAUUUCUAUUUACCGUAUAAUAUAUCGUCGCCUAAAAUGCGAAACAGCGUUUCAUCAAAACAAAUCGAAAAUCGCAGUCAGAUAUAAUAACCGAUAUAUGACCAUUUUAUAACCAAAACUCAAAUUUUGUUUCAGUAUGAGUGUGUGAUAACCGUUCUUCUUCUUAAUUGGCGUAGACACCGCUUACGCGAUUAUAGCGGAGUUAACAACAACGCGCCAUAACCGUUAUAUAACCAUUUUAUAACCAAAACUCAAAUUUCGUUUCAAUAUGAGUGUGUGAUAACCGAUAUAUAACCAUUUUAUAACCAAAACUCAAAUUUUGUUUCAAUAUGAGUGGUUUCUAUUAUAUCGUUUUCCUUCGCCUGUAAACUUAUGAAAAGUGAUGUUACUUUAUUUUGUAUUUUAGGUGACGAUAUGUAAUAUAAUACAACACUGUUAAAAAUCCAAAAACCAUAAUACAAUACUGUUAAAAACCCAAAACCCAUAAAAAAAAUAUAUAUCUUUUGUGUACACAAACAAAUUCACUCAGUUUUGAAAGCCAAGUAACUCUAUAACUGAUCUCAAAAAAUUAUCUAAAAACAUAAGAGACCAUAUGUAUUCAUUUGAUAAAAAAAUAAUAUAUACUCGUAUAUACAUACUUUUCCACUACCAUUACUUAAUUAAAAGAACACGUUUUCAAAAUGAAAGUAAUAAUUCAAAACAAAAAUAAUUCUCAUUAAGUCUCAUCAGCUUAUAUUUAUUUGUAUUAUUAAAGUACGAGUAAUCAAACGUAAUUGUUAUGAAAUAAACACUGCAAACGUAAAAUUAAUUGUAUGUAUGUAUUAUAAUGUUUAGAAUAUCAGUAACCCUUCCAAUUUCAAGCUGGUAAGAAAUAGAUAUUUAAUUAUAUACUUUGUACACGCAAAUCAAAGACAUAGAUACUUAUAUGUAUAACUAUAGUGGUACUAACACAUGCUUAAAUGUAUAACACAGAACGUAUGUAUAAGUGUGUAUGUGUUCACAAAACUUCAAACAACACUUUGAAUGUAAAGUAUACAUAUUUAUUUAUUUAUUUGCCUUUAAAUAUUGGGCAACAGAUAUUUAUUUAAAAUUGUCGUAACAGAGAAUGUUAAAAGCCGCUAAACGUCACUUGCAUGAUCAGCUGAGCACCAGAGCUGAAGGCAAGCUGAUAAAGUGAUUAUGAAUAGUUGAUAAAGUGAGAGCGAGAGAAAAAGAGAGUAAGAGGUGUCAACAUAAUACUGGGUUUGCGUGAGAAAAUUGCAAUUUUAAAAUAUAACUGCUACAUUUUUCGAAAUAAAAGGUGAUUCAUUUCGAGGUUCCCUACUUUUAAAGAAAAAAACACCGAAACUUCAAAUUUUUGGGGACUUUUUAUUAACAUUCGAAAUAACAUCCUUUGGCAUUUAUUUUUUUGAAGAUUAUAUCUUUCAAAUGUAGACCGCGGCUACGUCUCAGAUGGUCCGUCCGUUGAGUCCAAUUUUCAAUGACUCGUUGGAGCAUUUCGACUGGUAAUUUGCGAAUGACAUGUGUUAUGUUUUCCUUCAAAUCCUGAAACGAAGCGGGAUUGUCCGCAUAGACUUGUGACUUUACAUAUCCUCUCAGGAAAAAGUCCAACGGUGUGAUAUCACAAGAUCUUGAUGAUCAAUCGACUGGCUCAAAACGUGAGAUUAUUUGCUCACCGAAGUGUUUAGUCAAUAAAUCCAUUGACUGAUGUGAUGUGUGCGAAGUGGCGUCGUCUUAUAGGAAACAAAUGCCGCCGAGAUCACGAGCUUCAAUUGCAGGCAUCAAAUAGUCGGUUAUCAUGGCGCGAUAAUGGUCGUGAUUGACGGUUACGUUCUCACCGGCAUAAUUUUUUGAAGAAAUAUGGACCGAUGAUUCCACCGGCCGACAAACCAAACUGUAGUUUUUUCUGGUUGAAAUGGUAGUUCUUGAAUUUCUUUAGGUUGCUCUUCGACCCAAAUGCGGCAUUGGUGCUCGACUUGUAUACUGGAGAGUGCAAGAGUGAACUGGACUUUAAAAUUUUGCUAUAGGGAAAGUAGGCGUGAUUAUCGUCUGAUUAAUGUCAUAUAAUUUUUCAUUAGAAGAAAUCUCACUCAAAGUCUAUAGUAAUUAUCAGUUCAAGCUGAGUACUAUAGCACUAUUUCUGACAAGACUAUACAGAAAUUUCGGGGCAAGCCAAAUAACAGGCAUAGUACAUAUUGGAUUUUAGUCGCCUCAUACGACAGGCAUACCUUACAGCGGACAAAUUCUACCCCCUGACCCUGGGAGAAGUACAGACAUAUAAACCACUUUCAAUUAUAAAAAGAACAUUUUUAAUCAUACGUUUGAUUGCCUUCGUUUUUGUUUUGUUUUUCGUUUCACUAUACGCCCAGCCUUAUGUUGUUUAGAUAUGGGUAAAGUGUUCUCUAAGCAGAGGCAAAUAAUUUUUGACAUUUCACAUUUCUUCAACGGUUUUUCAUUAGCAUCCACAGUGUUAAUUAAAUUUAGUUUAUUGGAGACAUCUGAAAGUACAAUGGGGUAUUAAGGGGUUACAUGGGUUUCCUCGCCUAAAAAACAUCAUUUUUUCAACAAUUUUUUCUCAUAUAAAAAGUGAAAUAUUUUUUUAGAAUUUUUUAUUGUUGCAAACAUACACUAUUAACAAAGAAGUUCUGAGCUUUUUGGAAAAAAAUAUUUUAAACUCGGCUACUACGACGCCAUUUCCGGUGAUCUCUCGGAAAAAAGCUGCGCCCUUGUUGGCGGUAUAACUCCUAACAGGAUCUUCUUAAGUGAAAAAAUACUUGUUAUAGUUAAAACCUCAACUGAAAAUUGGAUUUUUGGCUGACAUUUUUAUAAAAAACUAAAAAUUUCCAUGAAAAUUUCCCGACAAUAGUUGUAAUUGAAAAAAAAAAAUCUUCGUGCGAAUCUUUAAGAAUUGUAUCUAAACAACCUUUGUAAAAUUUCAUGAAGAUCGCUUGAGUAGUUCUCGAGAAAUCUUGCCGACCGACUGCAAAAACACAGUUUCGAGAAAAACGCUUUUAAAGACGGUGUACUUAGCCUGGCUAGCCUAGAGCGCACAAGUUUUCAAGGCUGUAUCUCUGAAACUAUUGCUCAGAUCAACUUGAAAAUUUAGAACAAUAUUGUAGAGGUGUUGUAGAAUUGAGUAACACACCCGUAAGCCCAUGUUAAGGGGUGAUGGGGGUGAGGGGGAUGUGAUUUUUCUAAAACUAUGUUUGACUUUUGGCGUGUUUUUACUGCUUACAAAAUUAAUCUGAUCAUAAACACAUAUAUUUUAUAUCAACAGGGCUUAUAAAGUUUGCCACGAGGUUUGUAACACGCAGAAAGAAACCUUACAAAAUAAAUUUCAACACGCGGGCUGAUGUUUUUUGUUAUCGAUCUCUCUGUUUUUGAGUGAUCGAUCUCUAAUGUGAGAAAAUGUUCUUUUCUCUCCAAGAAGCGGUUUUAUUUUUUUAUUAUUAUAUUUUUAGAUAUUUUUUUUAUUUUUAUUUUUUUUUUAUUUCUAAUUAAGGCACUUUAUAUAAUUUUAAGAAAUGAUUCUGCCUAUAGAAUAUACAUACAUGGAACUCUGAAAGUUUCCAAAUUCCGCUGGCAGUAAAGCAGAGAUAACUUUAGAAUAAAUAGAGAUUAUUUAUGUACUUAAUCUGUAAUUGUACCAUAGUAAUUACAAGCAAGUAUUUUUUUAAAACUCUUAAAGUAACAAAACAAAAACAUCAUAAAUAAAUUAAUUAAUUUAAUGGUAUAUGAAUCGUAAUUUAAAUAAUAAAACUACAAGAAAAUAUUACUUACAAAUAUUUACAAAAGCGUGGAUAUAUUGAAAUAUUGAACAGCAAACAAUAUUUAAAGUAAGUAGGAAUCAAAAUGUGUAUAUGUAUGUUUUUAGACAAAUAUAUAUACGUACAUACACACUUAAUUAGUAAUUAAUUAAUUAAAUUUCUAACACUAAGUUGUGUUCUCUUUGGUUUCCUAAAUCACUUAGUUACUCGCUUACGGUGUUCUUUGCGUAAAAUUACUGUUAUACUCACUAGUUUCUAAAACACUUAAAAUAGACGUAAAUAAAUAUGUUUAAAUGUUAGCGAAUUUUGUUACGAAUUUAGUUCAAUUUAAGCCAAUUCUUUAGCAUUAAAUAAUUUAGUUAAUAAAUAUAAAAAUAAUUUCUUUGCAAGUUUACACUAACAAUGCGCAAAUGAAGUCAAUCCACUGCAAAAACAAAUAAAAUAAAUAAAAAUUUUCAAAAACAAACAUUUAAAAUAAAUAAUAAAAAUAAAAAGAAAAGAAAACAGAACAAAUUAGUAAAGAAUAUUACAUUUUGGAGAUAUUUUACUCUUUAAUACUAAAUUUAGCUAAGACGAAAAAACAAAACAAAAAAACUGGAAACAUUGAAGCAUAGCAAGCUGAAGUGUAAAGAAAAUCAAAUAUUUGCGCAAAUGAUAAUAGAAAACAAAAACAAGAACAAAA